GAUAUCUUGGCUGCCGGGCUAUCCGCAAUUGCACGCCGACCAUUCUCCAUUCGCUCGUCCCCACCAGCCCAGCACUCCCCGCGACAGACGUACACCUCUUCCCUUCACUUACAGCUCCAUCUCUGGCACACGGAGAGGCUGCGACUCCGACCUGCGCUGCACUGGAAAGCAUUGCCUUCGCCCGCAUCGACAUAUCACUCGCGCAUGCCCAAGUCCCGAGCAGCACUACCAUUGAGGCUUCACAGCCUCUGCACCGAGGUCUACCCACCACCGCGUGCACAAUCCCAUCUCCACGUCACAGCACUGCCCAAACUUACCCAAUAUGCCAUCCACCGAACACGCUCCGCCGCAGCAGGCGGUGCGCUUCAGCUCUGUCAACCAGGAAAUCGAUCCCGUUGCCUCGUCCCAUGACCCGUCCCUCGCAUCCACGGACGAGUCGAAAGAGAACCUCUCCCUAGAAGACCAGGAGGCCAUCCGCAGUCUGCCAGUGUCUCUGCAGCAGUCAAGAUGUCAAGCCAAGCGCAUGGAAAACUUCUCCUUUGAGCCAGUAUCAUUGCCUUCGUCGAGAGCACCAUCCCCAGCGUCCGCACACAGAAUACCCUCUACACAGUCUAGCUACCGCUCAGGAACAACCCCAAGGCCUUCUCCCCCCGCUUCCGCCAUGCAUUCUCCUCCAUUGACCCCCGCCGCAACCCUAUCGCAAGACGGGAAGCCCUCUCCCGCCGCAGACCAGAGGAAAGCGCAUCACGAUCCCGCUAUGAUGACUCCUCAGGUCUCCCCACCCCACGAGCCUCCUCCUACAUCUGUGCUUACAGUAAAUAAGGAAAAGGAAAAUAAAGACGUUGCGCCGGCCGCAUCGCCCAGGCAGUCUCCACAGCCCUCGCCCCGUCCCCAGUCAAUAUCGGAUAUAAGCGGAAUCGUCUCAACGCACCCCAGACAUGCUCCCACCUUUACCGUUGGACCCGCUGGUGACUCUCUACCCCCAUCUCGAGAGAUAAGUCCUUCCGGUUCUCCCUCUUCCACUCCUGGUCACCAUACCCCGGGCACAUCGACUCCAGCGUAUAGUAGGCCGUUUACUCCAUCCGGAGAGAAGGACGAUCCCUAUGCCCGAAGCAAACGCCCGCCUCAGCCGAGGAACCUGGAAGCCUUAGAUGCUAGAUUCAUCUUUGGAGGACGAGACUCGAGGAAAAGAGACAGCCAGAAUUACUCAACAUCGUCAUCGGCAGCGCCGGGGCUACCUCGCUCGCGUGGUAGCGCGACCGACAUAGCAGCGAAGGAGGAGAAACGCCAAAGCUUCUUUAAUGGCAAUAAAAGUGACGGCGAUGCCAAAUCGAGUCAAGGAGGUAUAAGUAAGCAGCACGAUUCGAUGUCAAAUUUGAAACGCUUUUUCAAGCUUGGAAGUCAUAAACAUUCCAAGGACAAAGAUAGCAAGUCGAGUAAAGACAAGCGAUCAUCGCCUGCCCCGUCUAUCAAGUCAAGUAAGCCGGCGAAGUCUGGCAGAUCUGGUACUGCUACUCCUCCCUCUGGCUCUGUCAGCGUUCCUUUCGCCGAUGAUCAUGGAUUGGAAAGCAAAUAUGGGAAGUUCGGGAAAGUUCUGGGUUCUGGCGCAGGAGGCUCCGUACGACUGAUGAAGAGGAGUAGCGAUGGAGUUACGUUUGCAGUGAAGCAAUUCCGAGCUCGACAUUCGUACGAGACGGAACGAGAAUACAACAAGAAAGUCACGGCUGAGUUCUGCAUCGGUUCUACGCUUCACCACGGGAAUAUCAUCGAAACCAUGGAUCUUGUUCACGAGAAAGGCAACUGGUAUGUUGUCAUGGAGUUCGCGCCGUUUGAUCUAUUCGCGAUCGUCAUGACUGGGAAAAUGAGUCGCGAUGAGAUUACCUGCGCUACGUUGCAAAUUCUCAAUGGAGUCACUUAUUUGCACAGCAUGGGACUCGCACAUCGGGAUCUUAAGUUGGACAAUGUUGUUGUCAAUGAGCAUGGUAUCAUGAAGAUCAUCGACUUUGGCAGUGCCGCAGUUUUCAAGUACCCCUUUGAAAAUGAAAUUGUUCUGGCUAGUGGCAUUGUUGGAUCAGAUCCGUACCUCGCACCUGAAGUUUACGAUCUGUCGAAGUACGACCCGCAGCCUACGGAUAUCUGGUCACUCGCAAUUAUCUUCUGCUGCAUGACAUUGCGACGUUUCCCAUGGAAGGCACCUCGCCUCUCGGAUAACUCAUACAAACUGUUCGUCUCUCCGGCCAAUGAUGGCCCUCGAAGCAUUCAAUCGAAAUCGACGUCAGACCUCAAUCCGAAUUCCGGCGACACCCGGCGACAGGCGGGAUCAUACUCCGAACCCGCUUCCCGACAAGCGUCAGACACCUCGACCGCACCCCAUCACCACCAUCAUCACCAUCACUCGAGUGGAGAUAAGGACGCUGCGCGCUCAGACCCCGUGAUCAGCGAAAACCGGCUUUCUACUGCAUCAGCAUCCGCGGUGUCUGCCAAAGAGCAGCAACCGGCGGUGAUCAAAGGGCCAUGGAGGUUGCUCCGACUACUACCUCGCGAAAGCCGGCUUAUAAUUGGUCGCAUGCUCGAGGUGGAUCCUAAGAAGCGAGCAACGAUGGAAGAGAUCCUCGAGGACAAAUGGGUCUCAGAGAGUGCAGUCUGUCGGCAAGAGGAGGGCGGCAUGAUUGUAAGAGCAGAAGGACACGAACACGCGCUGGAGCCUGGCACCGGUGUAGGUGCCACUUCUGCAACGCAGCAAGCUAAGAGGUAAAUAGGUCAGCGCGUGUCGUGUACCAAAGAUGAUGAAGUCCGAAAUCGCUCAUUUGCAUCUGUCCCGUUUCCUUGGUAGAUAAUCAAAGAUCGGAAAGGCCAUGGUAGGGAGGUAUCGUUAUGCCGUUGCAUAGGCGUUCUUUCUGGAUUGAGCGGAGGCUUUUUGUUGAGCUGGGUAAGAUAAGCCGAAAGGCUGCUGCUAUUUCUUCUCCCAACGUCUGGGGUUGAGUGUACAUAUUGUUACCAUUCUUCUGCUUCGGUAUUGCUCCACAUAGGGGACUCUUCUCUUCUCUUCGAUGUAUCUGGCGGCUUGGGUGAGCGUAGUCUGAGCGAGGAUAAGGCGUGCAAGGGUUCGGCGAGAUUUCUAGAGUUUGUUGAUUGACGGGCUGCGACAAUGCCGCCAUGUGACGCUCGGGAUGAUCUUAGACAACAUAUAUAGCGACAGAAAUUAUAGGCAC